CACCGGAUCGCGCAGUGGUGGGACUACGCAGAGUGCCGACUGCCGAGUGCCGAGUGCAGAAAGAAUCCGGUCGAAUCGUCGGGACGUCAAUCGUGGCAGACGAAACUUGAGUGCGAGCUUGCGGGCUCGCGAGCGAAUUCCAUUCGGAGGGAAUCUCUCUCCGUUGUUUCCGCUUAUCGACGAAACGAUCUAUCGUCGCGCGCGCAUUCGACGAUCUUGCCUACCUGUGUGGAAGAACGCUUAUCGAUUCCGGCAGCGAAUUGAUCCUGCCACACCCCACCGUGGCCAUUUUGGACAGCGGUUCGUGGAAGUUAUUUUAAAGAUCGCUGCCCAGCCAUGGAUCAAAUCACGCCCAAGGAGGUGAAGAUCCUCGAGAAUCCGGAGGACAUCCAGGAGAGGCGAGAGCAGGUGUUGGGACGCUACGCCAACUUCAAGUCGGAGGCGCGCAGCAAGCGGGACAAGCUCGAGGACUCCCGUCGCUUUCAAUACUUCAAGCGAGAUGCGGACGAACUCGAAGGAUGGAUCUACGAGAAGCACCAAGCGGCCUCCGACGAGAGUUACAAGGAUCCGACUAAUCUACAGGCGAAGAUCCAGAAGCACCAGGCAUUUGAAGCAGAAGUUGCCGCUCAUUCAAAUGCCAUCGUGCUGCUCGAUAAUACUGGCUCCGAGAUGAUAGCUCAACAUCAUUUCGCUAGCGAUGUAAUUCGCAAGAGAUUAGAGGAGCUACAUCGCCUGUGGGAGCUGCUGCUGUCUCGAUUAGCUGACAAGGGCUUGAAACUACAGCAGGCUUUAGUUCUCGUACAGUUCAUUCGUCACUGCGACGAGGUGAUGUUUUGGAUUCACGACAAGGAGGCAUUUGUAACAACCGAUGAGUUUGGACACGACUUGGAGCAUGUGGAGGUGCUUCAAAGAAAAUUUGACGAAUUCCAGAAGGACAUGGCAAGCCAAGAGUAUAGAGUUACCGAGGUGAACGAGCUGGCGGACAAAUUGCUGUUAGACGGACAUCCCGAACGGGACACGAUUUUACGCAGGAAGGAAGAGCUUAACGAAUCCUGGCAAAGAUUGAAACAAUUGGCCACACUGCGACAGGAGAAGCUCUUCGGGGCGCACGAGAUUCAGAGAUUCAAUCGCGACGCCGAUGAGACCAUGGCUUGGAUCGCGGAGAAGGACGUUGUCUUGUCGUCUGACGAUUUCGGACGUGAUCUAGCCAGUGUGCAAACGUUACAGCGAAAACACGAAGGUAUCGAGCGCGACUUGGCCGCUCUGGAAGACAAGGUGUAUACACUGGGUGCGGAAGCCGAUCGUCUCGCCGCGAUUCACGAAGCUGACCACUCCAAGCAGAUUCAAGCUAAGCGCGCCGAGAUCUUGCAGUCGUGGGAGAGCCUUACCGCAAAAGCGAAAGAACGUCGUCUUAAACUUGACGAAUCUUAUUAUUUGCAUCGAUUCUUAGCAGAUUUUCGCGACUUGGUCUCGUGGAUGAACGACAUGCGCGCCAUCAUUUCCGCCGACGAGCUAGCUAAAGACGUGGCCGGCGCCGAGGCUUUGGUCGACCGACAUCAGGAACACAAGGGAGAAAUCGACGCCAGAGCCGAUAGCUUCGAUGCAACCACACUGGCUGGUAAUAAGCUUCUAGAAAAGAAGCAUUACGCUGCCGAAGAAGUGGCACGUAAAUUGAACUCCCUCGCCGAUGAUAAGUCGUCUCUCUUGAGUCUAUGGGAGAAGAGACGUAUCUUGUACGAGCAAUGCGUAGAUUUGCAGCUGUUCUAUCGAGACACCGAGCAGGCGGACGCGUGGAUGGCCAAACAGGAAGCGUUUCUGGCCAACGAAGACUUGGGAGAUUCUCUCGACAGCGUGGAGGCGCUUAUUAAGAAGCACGAAGACUUCGAUAAAUCACUGGCGGCUCAGGAGGAGAAGAUCAAGGUGCUCGAUGACUUUGCUGGAAAGUUGAUCGAGGGCGAGCAUUAUGCUGCGGAUGACGUGGCGCAACGACGACAACUGUUGUUGGAGAGACGUGCUAUUCUCCUCGAGAAAUCAGCCCAAAGACGUCAACGUCUGGAGGACGCGUACAAGCUACAACAAUUCGAGAGGGACUGCGACGAAACGAAGGGCUGGGUUAACGAGAAGCUUAAGUUCGCUACUGACGACAGUUACUUGGAUCCCACUAAUCUGAACGGUAAAGUCCAGAAACAUCAGAAUUUCGAGCAGGAACUGAACGCGAACAGGACGCGCAUGGAGGAGAUGGUGGCCACCGGUCAGGAGUUGAUCGAUAGUAGUCACUAUGCUGGCGACCGUAUACGCACCCGCUCGGACGAGAUUGUGACACUGUGGGAGAGCUUGACGCGGGCUACCGAAAAGAAAGGUGCGAAAUUACAGGAAGCCUCCCAGCAGCAGCAGUUCAAUCGAACGGUAGAGGAUAUCGAACUGUGGCUCUCGGAAGUGGAGGGACAACUCAUGUCAGAGGAUUACGGCAAAGAUCUGACGAGCGUUCAGAACUUGCAGAAGAAACACGCGCUUCUCGAAGCUGAUGUGGGCUCUCACGCGGACAGGAUCGACAGUAUCACUCAAGCGGCCGAACAGUUUGUCAACUCGGGCCACUUUGACGCUGACAAUAUCAAAGCUAAGCAGGACCAAUUACAAGCUAGAUACGCCGCUCUGCAGCGUCCGAUGAGUGUGAGGAAGCAACGACUCCUGGACUCGCUGCAAGUGCAGCAACUGUUUCGAGAUAUCGAGGACGAGGAAGCGUGGAUUCGCGAGAAGGAGCCAGUUGCGGCGUCCACGAAUCGCGGCCGUGACUUGAUCGGCGUGCAGAAUCUCCAGAAGAAGCACCAGGCUGUUUUGGCUGAAAUCAAUAACCACGAGCCGAGAGUGGCCGCGGUUUGUCAAGCGGGCUCGUCGAUGUUGCAGGAGGGACACUUUGCAGCUGAGGAGAUUAAUCAACGACUGGCGGCUUUGGACGAACACUGGGGACAGCUGAAAGAUAAGGCUCGGCAACGUAAGAAUGACUUGGACGACUCUCUGCAGGCGCAUCAAUAUUUCGCCGACGCGAACGAAGCUGAAUCGUGGAUGAAGGAGAAACGUCCUAUAGUGAUGAACGGCGAUUACGGCAAGGACGAGGACAGCUCCGAGGCUCUUCUGAAGAAGCACGAGGCCUUGGUCAGCGAUCUAGAAGCGUUCGCGAGCACCAUCGCAGCACUGCGAGAUCAAGCUGGGGCGUGCAGACAGCAAGAGACACCCACGAUCGACAUCACCGGCAAGGAGUGUGUCGUGGCCCUCUACGACUACACUGAGAAGUCUCCCAGAGAAGUGUCCAUGAAGAAGGGCGACACUCUGACUCUGCUCAACUCUAACAACAAGGAUUGGUGGAAGGUUGAGGUAAACGAUCGCCAAGGUUUCGUACCGGCAGCAUACGUGAAGCGCGUGGAACCCGAGGUGGGUCUCAGCGCUUCCCAACAGAACUUGGCUAGAGAGCAGAGCUCGAUCGCCGCGCGACAAGCGCAGAUCGAGGGGCAAUACGACGAUCUCUUGCGUUUAGCGCGCGAACGUCAAAACAAGCUUAACGAAACAGCGAAGGCUUAUGUAUUGGUGAGAGAAGCCGCGGAGUUGGCUACUUGGAUCAAGGACAAGGAGAAUCACGCUCAGGUGCAGGACGUGGGCGAAGAUCUGGAACAGGUGGAAGUUAUGCAGAAGAAGUUCGACGACUUCCAAGCUGAUCUCAAGGCGAACGAAGUGCGUUUGGCAGAGAUGAACGAGAUCGCCGUGCAGCUGAUGAGCCUCGGGCAGACCGAGGCGGCAUUGAAGAUUCAGACGCAAAUCCAGGAUCUGAACGAGAAAUGGACCAGCUUGCAAACGCUCACGGCGGAACGAGCCAAUCAGCUCGGCUCUGCUCACGAGGUGCAACGCUUCCAUCGUGACGUCGACGAAACGAAGGACUGGAUUCGCGAGAAGGACGCGGCGCUGAACAAUGACGAUCUUGGCAAGGAUUUGCGAAGUGUUCAGGCUCUGCAGCGCAAACACGAGGGUCUGGAGAGAGAUCUGGCGGCUUUGGGAGACAAGAUCAAGCAGCUUGAUGAGACGGCUAAUCGCCUGAUGCAGUCGCAUCCGGAGACUGCCGAGCAAACGUACGCCAAGCAGAAGGAGAUCAACGAAGAGUGGACCCAAUUGACGGCCAAAGCUAACAGCAGAAAGGAGAAACUUCUGGAUUCGUACGAUCUGCAACGUUUCCUCAGUGAUUAUCGCGACUUGAUGGCCUGGAUCAACUCGAUGAUGGGCCUGGUCGCUUCCGAAGAGCUCGCAUCGGACGUCACAGGUGCCGAGGCACUGCUCGAACGCCAUCAGGAGCACCGGAUGGAGAUAGAUGCUAGAGCAGGUACUUUCCAGGCGUUCGAAUUGUUCGGCCAACAGCUAUUGCAAUCCAGCCAUUACGCCAGCGUGGAGAUACUGGAGAAACUUGAGUCUAUGGCUGAGGCCCGACAAGAGUUGGAGAAAGCUUGGAUCCAACGACGUAUGCAGCUCGAUCAGAACCUCGAACUGCAAUUGUUCUGCAGGGAUUGCGAGCAGGCGGAGAAUUGGAUGAGCGCGCGGGAGGCUUUCCUCAGCAGUGCAGACGCGGUAGACAGCAGUGACAACGUUGAGGCUCUCAUCAAGAAGCACGAAGAUUUCGACAAAGCGAUCAACGCUCACGAAGAGAAGAUCGCCACCUUACAAACUCUGGCUGAUCAGCUGAUCGCUGCCGAGCAUUACGCCGCUAAGCCCAUCGACGAGAGACGAUGCCAGGUAUUGGAUCGUUGGCGGCACUUGAAGGACGCUCUUAUCGAGAAGCGCUCGAGGCUGGGCGAGUCUCAGACUUUGCAACAGUUUUCUCGAGACGCCGAUGAAAUGGAGAAUUGGAUUGCUGAGAAACUUCAGCUGGCAACCGAGGAGAAUUACAAAGAUCCCGCCAACAUACAGUCAAAGCAUCAGAAACAUCAGGCUUUCGAAGCCGAAUUGGCAGCCAAUGCGGACCGAAUUCAGUCGGUACUCGCUAUGGGAGGCAAUCUAAUCGAAAAGCAUCAAUGUGCCGGUUCGGAGGACGCGGUGCAAAAGAGAUUGGCGUCCAUCGCUGAUCAGUGGGAAUACCUUACGCAAAAGACCACAGAGAAGUCCAUGAAGCUGAAGGAAGCCAAUAAGCAGCGCACUUACAUUGCUGCGGUGAAGGAUCUUGAUUUCUGGCUCGGCGAAGUCGAGAGUUUGCUUACAUCCGAGGAUGCCGGCAAGGAUUUGGCCUCCGUGCAAAAUCUCAUGAAGAAACAUCAACUUGUCGAGGCGGAUAUACAGGCGCACGAGGAAAGAAUCAAGGAUAUGAAUGCACAAGCCGAUUCGCUGAUUGAGAGCGGUCAGUUUGACGCUGCCGGCAUUCAGGAGAAACGUCAGAGCAUAAACGAGCGUUACGAGCGAAUCAGGAACUUGGCAGCACACAGACAGGCGAGACUCAACGAAGCCAACACUUUGCAUCAGUUCUUCCGCGACAUUGCCGACGAAGAGUCUUGGAUCAAGGAGAAGAAGCUGCUUGUCGGAUCGGAUGACUACGGCCGCGACCUUACGGGCGUGCAGAACCUGAAGAAGAAGCACAAAAGAUUGGAGGCUGAACUCGGCAGUCAUGAACCUGCCAUUCAAGCUGUCCAGGAAGCAGGAGAAAAAUUGAUGGACGUUUCAAAUCUGGGAGUACCUGAAAUCGAACAACGUCUGAAGCUUCUUAAUCAGGCGUGGGCUGAAUUGAAGCAAUUAGCCGCCACUAGAGGACAGAAGUUGGAUGAAUCCUUGACGUAUCAGCAAUUCCUCGCCAAGGUCGAAGAGGAGGAAGCCUGGAUUACAGAGAAGCAGCAAUUACUUUCCGUUGAAGAUUACGGCGACACGAUGGCUGCUGUCCAAGGUCUUCUGAAGAAGCACGAUGCAUUCGAAACCGACUUCGCAGCUCACGGCGAACGCUGCAAGGAUAUUUGCGAGGCCGGCGAGACGCUGAUCAAAGCGGGCAAUCAUCGAGCGGACGCUAUCAGUCAAAGAUGUGCGCAAUUGCGCAACAAAUUGGAGCAACUCGGAGCUCUCGCGGCCCGCAGGAAGACACGGCUGAAUGACAACUCGGCCUACUUGCAGUUCAUGUGGAAGGCUGAUGUAGUCGAGUCAUGGAUCGCCGAUAAGGAGACUCACGUGCGCUCCGAGGAGUUUGGCCGAGAUCUGUCUACCGUUCAGACGCUGCUCACGAAGCAGGAGACUUUCGACGCCGGUCUGCAUGCCUUCGAGCACGAGGGUAUUCAGAAUAUCACCUCGUUGAAGGAAAUGCUCGUUGAUUCCGGUCACGAUCAGACACCCAGCAUUCAGAAACGUCACGCCGAUGUAAUCACUCGCUGGCAGAAACUCCUGGCCGAUUCGGAUGCGAGAAAGCAGCGUCUGUUGAAGAUGCAAGAUCAAUUCAGGCAAAUUGAAGAGCUUUAUCUGACAUUUGCGAAGAAGGCAUCCGCCUUCAAUUCUUGGUUCGAGAACGCCGAGGAGGAUCUGACGGAUCCCGUGCGUUGCAACAGUAUCGAAGAAAUUCGUGCUCUUCGCGAGGCGCACGGCCAGUUCCAAGCUAGCCUGUCCUCGGCUGAGGCUGACUUCCAAGCCCUGGCUGCUCUUGACAGGCAGAUCAAGAGCUUCAACGUCGGACCGAAUCCGUACACGUGGUUCACGAUGGAGGCCUUGGAAGAUACUUGGCGUAACUUACAGAAGAUAAUCAUGGAACGCAGUGUUGAGCUCACGAAAGAAGCACAGCGGCAGGAGGAGAACGAUAAAUUGCGUAAGGAAUUCGCCAAGCAUGCCAAUGCCUUCCAUCAGUGGCUUGCGGAAACAAGAACAUCUAUGAUGGAAGGAUCCGGAUCGUUAGAACAGCAACUGGAAGCUACCAAGCGAAAAACUCAAGAAGUGCGCGCACGUCGUCAAGACCUGAAGAAGAUCGAAGAUCUGGGAGCUAUUCUAGAGGAACAUCUAAUUCUGGACAAUCGUUACACAGAACACAGUACCGUAGGAUUAGCACAGCAAUGGGAUCAGUUGGAUCAGUUAGGAAUGCGUAUGCAGCACAAUUUGGAACAGCAGAUUCAAGCGCGAAACCAGUCCGGUGUAUCUGAGGAUGCACUCAAAGAAUUCUCCAUGAUGUUCAAGCACUUCGACAAGGACAAGAGCGGCCGGCUGAAUCAUCAAGAAUUCAAAUCGUGCUUGAGAGCUUUGGGUUAUGAUCUUCCUAUGAUAGAAGAAGGGCAACCUGAUCCAGAAUUCGAGAAUAUAUUAGACAUCGUGGAUCCUAAUAGGGACGGCUACGUAUCGUUGCAAGAAUACAUGGCGUUUAUGAUCAGCAAGGAAACGGAGAACGUGCAGAGUUCGGAGGAAAUAGAGAACGCUUUCCGAGCGAUCACUGCAGCGGACCGGCCUUAUGUCACGAAAGAGGAAUUAUAUGCGAACCUCACGAAGGAGAUGGCCGAUUAUUGCGUAGCCCGUAUGAAACCUUACGUAGAUCCCAAAUCGGAACGGCCGAUAACAGCUGCAUUGGAUUAUAUAGAAUUUACGCACACACUUUUCCAGAAUUAAUUAUGCAUUCGUAUAUAUGCGCAUUAUACUAUUUUUCAAAGCUUAUUAAAUUAUAAUUGCACAAGGCUUAGGCUGCUAUGUUUAUCUUUAAAACCAUGCUUUUGAUUUAUCUAUAUUUCUAUUAACCAUUUAGAGCAUUUAUAAGAGAUUGAGAUUUUCAAGAGACUUUCUAAGCUAUAACUAGCUGAUGAAGAAUAUAUGUAAAGAAUAUAUUUCUAUGUUAGAAGCAUGUUUUCCCUAACAUAUAUAUUCUUUAUGUAUACUUUUUAAUAUUGCAUUAUUUAAUCUUCAAAUUUUAAUAGACUUUGAAAUACUAGAUUUCAUAUCAGCUAGUUCUGGUAUUGAAAUUCUUUCACAUUGUUCUUCAAAAUAAAUGCAUUUAAUAUAUUA